CACUCCCAAAUCCCAUCUCGCAAAAAAAUCCCCAAAUCUUCCUCCUCCCAAAUCCCUCGAAUCCUCCGCGCCUCGGGCAAGCUCUAGGUCGUCGUCGCAGCAGCAGCCAUGUCGGGCCGCGGCAAGGGAGGCAAGGGCCUGGGCAAGGGCGGCGCGAAGCGCCAUCGGAAGGUGCUCCGCGACAACAUCCAGGGCAUCACGAAGCCGGCGAUCCGGAGGCUGGCGAGGAGGGGCGGCGUGAAGCGCAUCUCCGGGCUGAUCUACGAGGAGACCCGCGGCGUGCUCAAGAUCUUCCUCGAGAACGUCAUCCGCGACGCCGUGACCUACACGGAGCACGCCCGCCGCAAGACCGUCACCGCCAUGGACGUCGUCUACGCACUCAAGCGCCAGGGCCGCACCCUCUACGGCUUCGGCGGCUGAGCCCCUGGCUCCCGCCCGCGUCCUGUGUGUCGCGUGCAGGCGCAAGCUGGGGUUCCUGAUGGGUUAGAGAAGUUGAUGUGCUGGGUUCUGUCCUGUGCCUAGCUGCGUUGUAAUGGUGAAGUAUGGUAGCCUAUCAAUUGAAUGAAUGGAUGUUCUGAGGUAUGAUUCGUGUU